AUGACAGUGGUGCAAAAGAAUUUCGUGAACCUGGGAAACCUAUACACGCGCAUCAAAGUACCACGACCUCCUGGAUGGGCAUACUUUGAUGAUGGAUCCAUCUUCAUUGUCCCGUACGGGUGGCUCCCUCAUCACGGAUUUGAAAAGCGUAUGAGCCUUGCUGCAUCAUUCAUAAGCAGUCCUUCUCCUAAGAUACAGGCAAUACGACAAGAAGAUCCAUUGAGGAGUCGACUUAUCCUUAUCAAUAAAGAUGGGAGGGACUUGAAACACAACACCUUCCAUAUACUAGCCCGAAAUGCAUACAACAACCAGAGACUGUCUGUAGUAGGUUUACCAUUCGAAGAUAUCGCUCUGAAACUGGACGAGUCUGGAUCCCAUCCUACAUCUGCACAGUUCAAGGAGGCUCCACAGCUGAAGAUUGAGCAUAGACUGCGAAACAGUGAAGCCUUGAGAACUUUCCGGGGCACGUUUAUUGACGGAACUUUGCACCCCAACGUCCGUUUAGGCAAUGGGCUUCUAUUUUCAAGCAAUGCGGGCAUACGAAGCCCUCAAAUGAGGGAGAAGAGACAGCUCCGGGAUCUUAAGGUCAAGGCCCGCCGUAAAAGCCUUGAUCUGCCAAAUCGAGCACCUGCGGAGUUUUCGGGUCGAUGGGGUGUAAAUUCUUCCAUGGAUCGUCAUAGACCUGCUCAAGAACAAGGCGUGCAGCUUUGGGAAUCCCAGAUGGCUGAAAAGGACCCAUUUUCUCAAGAAAUUCCACCACCUACACCAGGUGCAAGAAGUCCGAGCAGUACGCUUGAAUCAGGCGAUACUGAAAACGAGGCCGAAGUGCGUGAGUUAGAGCAAAGAAUGGAGAUCAUUCGAUGGAAGCGCAGGAGUUUAGAACUUGAACGGAAACUGGCCAUGGCGACAAGACGCCGUGCAUCGACGACACGCGAGCGCUAUCAAACCAAUCGAGACACACCACAGCACAAACCAGAGGGAUCAUUACAGGCACCUGUCAAAAGCACUGGUGACGUCUUUUCUUCCAAUGGCUUUGAUUUCGACGACGAAUCGCCACCAGAAGCUCUUGCACGCCUGCGAUCACGUAUCCAGUUACCCACAAGAAAUAAAUUGCGCUCGAGAGGAGUGUAA